AUGUCCAACUCGGAUUACCUUCCAGACUACCCACUCAACUCAGAUUUAGUGAAGAGAUUAAAGUCUGCCCUGGAUGCCAAAGAUGAGGAGAGAGUGGGGGAUUUAAUCUGCACUGAAGUCACGCCCGUGGACGCCGUGAUAGAACUGGCCAAUGACGACUGGAUGAAAGACCCCUCGGCUCAGCUGCCCCCCGGCAUGCUGCUAGGGGACCUGGAGCAUCUGAAGCUCCUCAUGGGCCAGUUCUUCCAGGAUGCCAAUGUGGUGUUUGAGAUCAAUAAGGAUGAGAUGGAAUGGCAGGUGAAAUCUCCAGCCACGUUUGGACUGUCAGGCCUCUGGACCCUGGAAUACAAGCGCGAGCUCACCACGCCCCUGUGCAUCGCCGCGGCCCACGGCCACGCCGCCUGCGUGCGAUACUUCGCGCCCGGGCGCGGGGUCUGGGGGUCCCACAGCCCCCGUCCCUGGAGAGCGCCCUCCCAGCGAGUGCUCCGGGGCUCGGAGAAGAAGCGGGGCCACGUGUCUUUAGGACAGGGCGGUGCCAAGCUGAGUCAGUGUCCUGAGGGAUGGGGAAAGUCCCUUCGUGGUGCAAGGCAAGGCUUGCCUCACACCCUCACAAAGCUGAGCGGUUUCCAGAAGGGCCAGUUGGGGGCCGAGAAAGAAUCUGACUCCCAAGGGCCUCUCCCUAGAACUGUGACUGCCAAACGCUUAACCUCCGGGUGUGACAAACAGCCCAGGUGCGCACAGGCGCUGCUGGAGCACGGGGCCUCGGUGCAGCGCGUGGGCGGCAAGGGCCGGGACACGCCGCUGCACGUGGCGGCGCAGCGUGGCCUGGACGAGCACGCGCGCCUCUACCUGGACCGCGGGGCGUACGUGGACGCGAGGAACGGCUGCGGGGAGACGGCCCUAAGCGUGGCCUGCGGGGCGGCGCGGAGACCCGAUGAGCACGGGCGCUGCCUGCGCCUGUGCGCGCUGCUGCUGCGGCACGGGGCGGAGGCGGACGCGCGCGACGAGGACGAGCGCAGCCCACUGCACAAGGCCUGCGGCCACGCGAGCCACAGCCUGGCGCGCCUCCUGCUGAGGCACGGCGCCGACGCGGGCGCGCUCGACUAUGGCGGGGCCUCGCCGCUGGCCCGCGUGCUGCAGACUGCAGCCUGCGCGCUCCAGGCCGCACCGCAGCGCACGGUGCAGGCGCUGUUCAACCACGGCUCGCCCACUGUGUGGCCCGACGCCUUCCCCAAGGUGCUGAAGACCUGCGCAUCGGCCCCCGCGGUCGUCGAGGUGCUUUUCAACUCCUACCCUCAGCUCUGCGUGUCAGAGUCCUGGAAGGAACUGAUUCCUGAGGAAGUAUUCCAGAUGCACAAGCCAUUCUACCAGUCCCUCUUUGCCUUGGCCCACACCCCACGCUGCCUGCAGCAUCUUUGCCGCUGUGCCCUUCGCAGACUGUUUGGCAAAAGGUGCUUUGACCUCAUCCCCCUGUUACCCUUGCCAAAGCCCCUGCAGAAUUAUGUACUUUUAGAACCACAGGGUGUUUUGCACUGA